UGUGGCACUUUACCGAACCCCACGCAUUCUAGACUGAGGCUGCUAGACCAUCGCCUCAUGCACUACUAAGUAGUUUGACUUUGACUGCUGUCGAGGACAUAAUAAUAUGGCAAAUAAGGAGUAAAUCUAGAAGGUGACGACCCCAUACGUUUGCAAAGCUUAAGGUUUUUAAGGCUAUCAUAGAAAGGAAAGGGAGACUUUAUAUAUAUACAUAGCUCAAACAACUGACUGGUCGUGCAUACACCUACGUACAUAACCCCCUUGAUAAGAUAAGAUACAAUUUUGUAAAAUUUCCCAUCCCACAAAAUUGGGUCUAUGUAUCUGGGAAGUUACACUGCAAUUUACUUAGUUAUAAUCACCGUGGCCAUGGCGAAUCCCGCAGCCGCUCUCACAUCGCUCCUGCGCGCCUCGACUAUCCAAGACCACGACGAGAUACUGAAAGCUGCCAACGCAGCUAUCAAGGCAUCUAAACAAGACAUAGAUGCCCAGCGCACCCGCGUCGUUUCCCUAUUGAAACUAGAUCGCUUCGACGACUCCCUCCGAGCCAUAGCCGAAGGCGGGCACAGCCUAGAGAAGGAAUGUCUCUUCGAGAAAUCCUAUGCACUUUACAAGUCCGGCCAGCUCGAAGACGCGGAAAAGACACUUGACGCAGCUUCGAGUACGUACAAAUCAUCUCGUGCAUUCCGCCAUCUUGCCGCUCAGAUCGCCUAUCGUGCCGAGAAGUUCUCAGAUGCCGCCAACACAUAUCGCCAUCUCUCCCAAGGACCAGGAGGUUUGCCCGGCGAAGAAAAUGAUCUGAAAAUCAACUUCCUAGCUACAAAUGCUCAGCUUGAGUGGAACGGCCUCGGUCAUAUAUUGGGAGAACAGGAAAGACAGCCAUCGCGUGAUCAUCUCGAAGCUUUCGAGACUGCCUAUAAUGCUGCUUGCACUUGCAUAGCAAGAGGCGACUUGACUCGUGCCUCCGUCUUCCUCAAACGUGCACAAGACCUUUGUGAAGCUAGCGAGGACUUGUCUGCCGACGAGAAGAAGGCUGAGCUUCUACCCAUCCUCGUCCAACAUGCCUACGUUCUCACGAGGUUAGGUAAAGAGGCAGAAGCAGUAGCUCUACAUAAAUCCAUAGUGCCAUCUGAAAUUCCAGAGGCACCGACAAAAGCUGUUGCGCAGAACAAUCAGGUUGCGAUCGGCGUCGUGGGAAGGAAUCCUUUCCUUACACAACGUCUCCUCCAGUCGACUACGGAACUAUCUGGUAGUGACAAGCUUUUUGUGUAUCAAACCACUGUUCUGAGACGUAAUAGAUACGCGUUAGACCUACAAACACAAAAGUUCGAUGGCAUUGAGUCUUCAACCUCGAAAAUAAUUACGGAGAGUCCGUCGCCUACAGCUUCUGUGGAAACCGCAUGCCUUGCUGUCAUCGGUGCUGCGGCUCAUACCCAUAUGCGGACUGGUGGAGAGGCGCUGAAAGAACUAUUACCCCUUCUUGAAAAACGCCCCACUGAUAUUGGGCUUCUAUUAACGAUUAUCCAGCUCCACGUGCAGAUGAAGAAUCCUGGACCGGCGCUGGGCCUUCUAGACGCCUUUUUGAAGCGGCUUGAAGCGUUUUCGACUCCCGAUUACGGCAACGUUCGAUUCGCCCCGGGACUUGUCGCCGCGGCCGUGGCGCUGUAUCGACUACAGGGACGGCAGAAUUCCGUUCGGGCCGAAUUAGCGAAGGCUUCCGCAUACUGGCGCCCCAAAUCAAAAGAAUCUGCCACAUCCCUCUUGCGCGAAGCGGGUGUAGAGCUUCUUAGGUCUUCUAACCACGAAGAUAUCGCCUCGGCUGGAGAAACAUUUGAAGCCUUAGUGGCUCGGUCCGAAAAGGAUCCAAUAGCGGCCGCAGGACUUGUGGCCUCGUUUGCGAAUGAUGAUUACGCCAAGAUCGAGUCAUACCUACAGAGUCUCACGCCCGUAGAAAGGCUUACCGCCGGGGUCAACGUCCAGGAACUUGUUAAUGCCGGGGUCGCUUCAGUUCCGACCUCCUUGCCUGUAAGUAAGAAGAGGCUGGCAGAGCGGGAACCAGAGAAGGUUACGAAGCGCCGUCGUAAGACUCGUCUGCCUAAGAACUAUGAAGAGGGUAAACAGCCCGACCCGGAACGAUGGCUCCCCCUUCGCGACCGCAGCACGUAUAGGCCAAAGGGAAAGAAGGGGAGGAAGCGGGCCCAAGAAAUUACCCAGGGCGGUGUUGUCAGGGAAGAAGAGACGUUGGAACUCGUGGGUGGUGCCGGUGCUGUUAAGGUAGAAAGGGCGCCAGGCGCACAGGGAGGUAAAAAGAAGAAGAAGGGCAAGAAAUAGGAACGAAAAAACAUUUUAAAAGGCAUCAAUUCGAGAGCUCUAUGGGGAUAUUAUGCCUAAUAGCCGAUGUAAGUUGGCUUGGGUCUUAGUAGAGUAAUUCAACGCACGUCAUCUGGGGCAUCGGAACGAUACAAAUAUCCAUGCCAAGGUGGUCUGGAUUAUCACGUCACGAUAGGACGUAUGAAUAUGACAAUGAAUCUAGACAUAAAUGAGUGCUGUUAAAAAUUCCCCACGUAUAUACAGCAUUACCACGACACGGUGCUUAGACUCC